ACUGUAUCCUGUUGGUUUUCUUUGGCAGCAAUGGGGUCUACUGGGACCAAAGAAUCAGCUGUUCCAAGCUCAAGAAUACCAGGAUUUGGCUGCAAAAUUUGCUGCUUUACCUCUAACUGAGGUGGACUUAGUGAUGGACAACUCAACCAACAAUACUCAUAAGAUAACCUCCAGGCAGGAGAAUGUUCAGAAAGAAGUAUCUGAACCAAAUGAAAUGGGUCUGCCAGAGGAAAAUGAGAUGGACCAGGAGGCAGAGGAAGGGACAAUGGAUUGCGCAGAGUUUCUCUCUAUCACAGACAAAGCACCGCAGCACAAACUGAUGUCAAGAGCGGUUCAGCAUAUCAUGACAGAUAACACCAGUGUGACGAGGGCCCUCACACAGUUUCCUGAGCCGAAGAACCUCCUGUCAAAGGUCAUACAAAUAGCGACCACCUCCUCUACAAUCACAGACUAUCUGAAAUACACCACAGAAGAUGGUCCUGUCAAGGUAUGCCGGCUUGAGAUGCAGUGGCCGACCCCGAUGACCUUCGUUGCAAGUGGCCGGCGGAAAACCGAGGCAGAAAGAAGAGCAGCAGCUUUAGCCUGUAAGAAGUUGAAGGAUCUUGGUUUGCUCAACCAGGAAAAUCAUCCACUGACCCAUGCCAUGUACAACUUGGCCGCAAUAAAAGAGUUGAGCGAAAAGGAGCGGCGGCCGACCAGGCUAGAAAUCCCAAACAGCCUCCAGCAACGAAUCCAGCAAUAUUUGGACCAGCAUACAAUAGAGAUAGCCUCUGAAGAUGAUGACCAUGAGCACCAGUCCAUUAGCCCCAGCCCAGAGAUUGUGGAUUCAGUGUCUGGCAGUGGUUUAGUUAGUGAUGCCAUCACAGGAGAAAUGUAUGUCCCACUGUCACAAGAAGAGGCAGAACGUAUCAGUCAGAAACUGCUCUGGCUUUGGCGGCGAUCCAGGCCUGUGAAUGUUAAGCCAUUGCCAGUGGACUUGCACAAGAAAACAAUAAUUUCUGCCAUUGAAGAAAAUCAGGUCAUAGUCAUAGCUGGCGCGACUGGAUGUGGUAAGACUACCAGGAUCCCUCAGUUUAUUCUGGAGAAGUUCAUAACUGACAACAGAGGAGCAGACUGUAACAUUUUAAUAACACAGCCCCGACGGAUCAGUGCAGUAUCAGUGGGGCAACGAGUAGGCUAUGAGAUGGGACCAAGCCUGAAGAAAAAUGUGGGUUACCAGGUGAGACUGGAGAGCAUGUUGCCCCCUAGAGGUGGAGCCCUACUCUUCUGCACUGUUGGCAUCCUCUUAAAGAAACUGCAAGGGAAUGCCUCACUAGAAGGCAUCAGUCAUGUCAUUGUGGAUGAAGUCCACGAACGUGAUGUCAACACGGACUUCCUUCUCAUCUUACUGAAGAAGGUGAUGGAAUCCAACCCGAAUCUGAAGAUCAUCUUAAUGAGUGCCACCAGCGACACUGAGCGUAUAUCAGAAUAUUAUCGGAAUUGCCCCAUAGUAACUGUGCCAGGGUUCAUGUUUCCGGUGAAGGAUUUUUACCUGGAUGAUAUCCUACCAAUGCUGGGGCAACGGAAGACCACUCGGCUCAAUCAAGAUGAGGAAGACCCUGUCCCUGAUCUUGAUCUGGUCACUGACACAAUUUUGUAUAUUGAUGCUCACAGUGAAUCAGGUGGAAUCUUGUGCUUCUUGCCAGGAUGGCAGGAGAUCCGAGGGGUUCAACAGAGACUUGAGGAAUGCCUUUCUACUCGGAAAGAAAACUAUAUAAUUCUACCUGUUCAUUCCAACAUUCCUGUGAUGGAUCAACAAGAAAUUUUCCAUCAACCAGCCCCUUGGAUGAGGAAAAUUGUCCUGGCGACAAACAUCGCCGAGACUUCAAUAACUAUCGAUGAUAUCACACACGUGGUUGACACGGGAUGUCACAAGGAGCAGCGCUAUGAUCUGAGAACAAAGGUAACCUGGGUUAUGAAAAUUAUAUUCGCUAUAGUAUACAGUGAGGCAGGAGUUGCUCUAGAAGUCUUUAGCGUUGACUCUGGAGCUCAUGACAUCUCACGGCGUCAGAUCAAAUAUGGGCAAGAAACUCUGCAGCUAUUUACCAG